AUGGCAGUGCCACGCAGAAACGGUAGUGGCGCGACGGCACUGGCCACCGUUUUGGCGCUAGGUCACUUCCUCCUCCUCGCCACCCACACAGACGCCUGCGGUUCAUCAUCGUGCCCGAAGCAGACGCCGGCGCCGGCGCCCUGCUCCCCGCCGACCCCCAAAGCGCGGGGCGACGGGGCCAGGUGCCCAGUGAACGCGCUGAAGCUGGGCGCGUGCGCGAGCGUGCUAGGCGGGCUGGUGAGCCUGGAGCUCGGCCAGCAGCAGCGCCCGGCGGCGUCGUCCAGUUCGUCCACGCAGCCGUGCUGCCAGCUCCUGGGCGGGCUUGCCGACCUGGACGCGGGCGUGUGCCUGUGCACGGCGCUGCGGGCCAACGUGCUGGGCAUCGUGCAGCUGAGCGCCCACGUUGACCUCAGCGUCCUCGUCAACUACUGCGGCAAGAAGCUCCCCCAGGGCUUCCAGUGCGCCCGAGCUCAUUAA